GCUACGCGAGACUAUUGUUUAAUGUUCCCCUGACAAAACUGCGUUCUAGCCUAAUCUAGAUGUUCUCUUUUAUUAAUCAGAGAAUGCUUCAGUCAAUAAAAUGACAAUACAUGUCUUUAAUUUGCUCUUAUGGAUCUUGAUUUUCCUCGUUUGCGGUUCGACCUAUCCAGACAUUGUGUCGAUAUCUGUAACAGAGGGAGAUUCAGUCACUCUACACACUGGUGUUCAAACAAACCUAGACAAAUAUAAAGACAUUAUAUGGUAUUUUAAUGGAAUUCGCAUUGCACAGAUCAUUGCAGAUCUCCGUUUUAUCUGUACUGAUGUUCAGUGUAAUGAAGGCACUGAGAGAUUCAAUGACAAAUUGAAGCUGGACAUUCGGACUGGAUCUCUGACCAUCAGGGACAUCAGAAAAACACACUCUGGAGAAUAUCAUCUAGUUGUCAAAAGCAGCAGGGAAAAAAUCUUUAAUGUUACCGUCCAUGAUGAUCCUGCUGGUGAUCAAGAUGAACUAAAGGAACAUGAGGGAGAAUCUGUCACUUUUAAUCCUGCUGUAAUAAGAGAACCAAAUCAUGUGCUGACAUGGUAUUUUGAUGACAUGAUUUCAGCCAUGAUUCUUAUGGCUGAAAUCACUGUAAAUCAGAGUCAGAUCUGCACUGAUGUUCAGUGUAAAGAGAGAUUCACAGACCGACUGAAACUGCACCAUGAAACUGGAUCUCUGACCGUCACGAAAACCAGAAUCACAGACUCUGGAAAUUAUACAUCAGAGAUUUUCAUCAGCAGCGACGGACGCUUCAGCAUCUCCAAAGAGAAGAGAUUCAGUCUUAAUAUCAUUUCUCUUCCACAGCCACGUCUGUCUGGAGGAGCUGUAGCAGGAAUAGUUGUUUCUGUUCUGCUGGUUGUUGCUUUGGUUGUUUUUGUGGCUGUGAUUUACAGGCGUCGCCUGCUCAGACGGCCAGCACCACCGAGCACUAUAAGAACAGAUGACAUCCCUAUGAGUGACACAAGAGCUUCUUAAGUCAGACUCAGGCUGCCAACUAAAUAUUGAACCAUCACUUCGACACUGACAGAGAGACUAAAGCGAAUAAGGUAAUGAAGAAACUCAGCGCUAAAUAAGCUGAUACUGUGUUGAAGGAGAUCAGAUGUGGAUCAACUCUGUGCUGAAUAAGGAGGUGAACGAGCAGAGCUUCAGCUCACUGUGCUCAAAUUCCUCAACCCAGAGCCCUGUGGGCAGCUUUAAUACACACCAUCCAGGAUGCCUGAAUACUGCACCAAACUGGUUACCAAUGCACUUUACAGGAUGCAUUACUGUGAAUUAUAACAUUGUGUCUCUGCAUAUCUUCAAUACUACUACCGCAAAUAACAAUGUGUUAGAUACACCCCAUCUCCAGUGUCCACGGUGAGAAACACUCUUCUUUUUCCCUCUCUCUCUCUCUAUUUCUUAAAAAACCACUCCCAUCUUCAUCCAUCUUUAGAACACAAGUGAAACAUAAUCUAGGUAUGAUACGGUACUUUGCAUUUGCAUUACUCCCUAAAUAACAUUAUUUUUAGUUUGGAUGUUCUGGUUACCUCUGGUCACCUUUAUCUCUAGCCAGGCGGAAUUUUUGGAAAGAGGUUCAGUUUUAGUGCAGAAAUAGUAUGUCCUAAACACCUGAAAAAGACGUACAUUAAAUCCUGCUCCAAAAUCAAAACUCAGAUAUGCAUUUAUACUGUUUAAUGAAAUGUAGACAACAACCUUUUAUAUACAACAAUUUAAAACAUGUCUGAUUCACGUGAUGGUCUGUUUUAUGCCACAUGUCAUUCAGGGAAAUGUAAUGAACAUUUUAAAUGAUUCUCCAUGCAAUUCUCUCUAAAGUUGGUCAAUGUCAUCGGAAAGAAGAUAUUUGUUCUGUGAAAGGCAACAUUUGUGUCGAUGUAUUUAAUAUGUGUUGGAUUUUGCAACUAUUUGUGAACUGUCACUUUCUUAUCCUAUUAACUGUAGCCUAUCGCAAAACGGAUCAUUACUGUCAGAUUUUCUUAUUUUUUAGCUGUGAGGACAUCUACUGGUCAUAACUGUGAAUUGCAGGUCAAACCGUUAUAGGCGCUGGUGGUUUCACUUUCACUAUCUUAGCAGCUUUUGAUUCUCAUUUGGUUAUUAUUAUUGUAGCUGCACUGGUCUAAAUAAAAUG